AUGUCACUGUAUCAUGUACUUGCCAUUUAUUUUUGGGAUGACCAAGCUGAAAAAGGUUUUGUUUAUGGUAUAUAUGUCAGUUUGUGGUUUACUGUUUCAUGCGCUCUUUCGCAUAGAUUUUGUGAUACUCAGCAAAAUCUUCUUCAUUCACUGAAAGCUGAGAUGUCCAUUCAGCAAGGUAAUGGAGGGCAGGCUCUUUCUGGUGAAGAGGUCAUGAGCGAAGAUGAAGCACGAAAGCGUCGUGAGCAACUCAACAGGAGACCGAGCUAUCGAAUGAUUCUGAAAGAUCUGGAGACUGCGGACAAGGUGUUGAAAAAAGAGCCAGACGAAACUCCUCCGUCCUCUGUUGAUGCGUCGCCUUUGCAGGUCAACAUUCCACCUUCUACGGGCCGAUCAAGCACAGCAAGUGGGCCCAGCCCGUAUGCAUCCCCACUGGCUGGUGGUCUUCUGCAAGGUGGAAGUCUCCCUCAUCCUCUUCACCUCAACGGAGAUCUUGGAUCGCUACCCCCAGGCCUUGAUUUUGCUGCGGCAAUUGCUGCAGCUGCUUCUUCCAGUCAAAAUUCGGCUGCGUUGUCAGCUGGAGCCGGAUCUUCUGGACUCCCAAUGAACCAUGAUGGACACGUGAUCAAACCUGUUGGUAGUAUGGAUCCUUCGACGUUCACAGAUUGGCACUCUCCAUUACUUUCUGGAUACAUUAGCUCUCCAUCCCCAACAUUGGCGACUGGCUCGCGAGGUUCUUUAGGUGGUGGUGGUGGUGGCUGUGGCGGUGAAGAUGAGUCUACAAGAAAACGACAAGUUCGACUGCUGAAAAAUCGAGAAGCGGCGAAGGAAUGUCGUCGCAAAAAGAAGGAAUACGUGAAAUGUCUAGAAAGCAGGGUUGCUGUACUAGAGAAUCAGAACAAAGCAUUGAUCGAAGAGUUGAAAACUUUAAAGGAACUAUAUUGUCGGAAGGAGAAGACGGAUAUGUAA